AUGGCUUCUGUACUUCCAUAUGUUCUGUGGCUCUUGCUUUUUCUUAUACCUGCAUUUUCCAAUUCUGCACAGGCUUACCGUAACAUUACCUUGGGGUCUUCUUUAUCCACCGAUGACAAAUUUCCUUACUGGGCAUCUCUAUCCGGAGAAUUUGCUUUUGGGCUUAAGCCCUUUGCACAAUCAGGAAAAAAUCUAUUCUUGGUUGCUAUCUGGUUUCAAAAUGUACCAGACAAUACAAUUGUUUGGACAGCAAACCAAGGGGAGCCAGUGAUGGAAGGGUCCAAAAUUGAGCUAACUGAUGCAGGAAUUUCUCUUACUGACAACCGAAGUAAUGAGAUUUGGAGCGCCAAAUCCAUAGACAAUAGCCAAGUUACUUCUGCAGCCAUGCUGGACAGUGGAAACUUUGUUCUGAGGAGCAAUGAAUCUGGUAUCAUAUGGAGCAGUUUUACCAAUCCUACUGACACCAUGUUGCCCUCUCAAACACUGGAUAGAGGCAGCAAGUUCACGUCUCGGGUAACCCAGCAAAACUACUCUGCCGGAAGAUUUGAGCUUCGUUUUCAGGCCGAUGGAAACCUUGUGUUCUAUCCGAUAGCUUGGCCUACUGAAGGCACUUAUAAUCCAUACUUGGCAAGUGGCACGGUAGACACUGGUUCACUGUUGGUCUUCAAUCAAUCUGGCGAAAUUUAUUUAACUCUAAAGAAUGGAACUUUACAAGACCUGGGAUUAGCAAGUCCAAGUUCAGUGAGUGAUUUCUACCACAUCGCUAGGUUUGAUUUCGAUGGAGUUUUCAGGCGAUACACUUACCCGAAGAGGAUCACUGAUGGGAGAUGGCCACAGUCAUGGUCGGUCUCGUCGUACAUUCCUUCAAACAUUUGCACGGCAAUUCGAUCAGAUUCUGGAAGUGGAGCAUGUGGGUUUAACAGUUACUGCAAACUAGAUCAGGAACAGAGGCCAAGCUGUGAAUGCCCACCUGGGUACGUUUACUUGGAUCCUAAUAAUGCAUUCAAUGGAUGCGGACCAAACUUUACUGCACAGAGUUGUGAGAAGGGUGGAUUGGGGGAUGAAAUUAAGUUUCAAUUUGAAGAGAUUCCAAGCACUGAUUGGCCUUUGGGUGAUUACGAGCAUUUUCAAGGGGUAAAUGAGGACUGGUGCAGAGAGAACUGCAUAAAUGAUUGUCUCUGUGCAGCUGCCAUAAUCAGAGAUAACAACUGUUGGAAGAAGAAGUACCCUCUCUCAAAUGGAAAAAGUGAUCCCAGCGUUGGAGGAAAAGCACUAAUUAAGGUUGGUUCUUCUUCUACUGCAAACCUUAAUCCUCUUCCUCCUCCUCCCCCGGCUAAUAAGAAGAAAGAGAAUGCCUGGAUCCUUAUUGGAUCAAUUCUGUUAGGCAGCUCUGUGUUUCUGAACUGCCUCUUGUCAUUGGCAAUUUGUCUGGUUUUUUAUUUAUCAUAUCAUAGAAAACUAGUGAAGAAUACUCCAUCGGUAACCAACACAUUUGGGUUGAUGAACUUACGUUGUUUUACUUAUAAAGAGAUGGAAGAUGCUUCAGAUGGGUUCAAGGAAGAAGUGGGUGGUGGUGGUUGUUCAACAGUUUAUAAAGGGGUUAUAGAAUUGGAUUGUAGAAGAGUUGUUAUUGCAAUCAAGAGGUUAGAUAAGGUAGCAGAACAAUCUGAUAUGGAAUUCAAAACAGAAGUGAGUGCAAUUGGAAAGACAAAUCACAAGAACCUUGUACAAUUGAUUGGGUAUUGCAAUGAGGGUUCACAUAGGCUUUUGGUAUAUGAAUUCAUGACAAAUGGCUCCUUGGACAGUUUCCUUUUCGGAAGUUUGAGGCCAGAAUGGUACCAUAGAGUCCAAAUUGCGUUUGGGAUUGCUAGAGGCCUCACAUAUUUGCAUGAGGAGUGCAAUACCCAGAUCAUCCAUUGUGAUGUUAAGCCUCAGAACAUACUUUUGGAUGAUUCUUAUAUGGCCAGAAUUUGUGAUUUUGGAUUGGCAAAGCUUCUGAAGAUCGACCAAACCCGAACAACAACAGGGAUCAGAGGUACCAGAGGGUAUGUAGCCCCUGAAUGGUUCAAGAGCAUGGCUAUCACAGCUAAGGUGGAUGUGUACGGUUUUGGUGUAGUGUUACUAGAAAUCAUUUGUUGCAGGAAGAAUGUGGAGUCCAUGAUAGAAGGCGAUGAUCACAUGGCGAUUCUCUCCGAAUGGGCUUAUGAUUGCUAUAAGGAAGGGAAUCUCCAUUUGCUCGUGGGUAACGAUGAAGAGGCAAUAUGCGAUCGGAGGAGGCUAGAGAAAUUCAUCACGGUAGCAAUUUGGUGCAUUCAAGAAGAUCCAUCUUUAAGGCCAUCCAUGAAGAAGGUGACACAGAUGCUAGAAGGAGCUGUGGAGGUUUCUGUGCCACCGGACCCUGCUUCCUUUAUGAGUGCAAUUGAUUAA